AGCGAGCCCGUCAAAAUACAAGGACCCAAGAAGCGCGGGGGUCUUCUUUCUCAACGCCCACACACCAAGCACCUCUCUAAAACCUUGCCAUUUCCUCCAUCUCGUCCUGAAACUCCCAUAUCCCUCGACUCCUCUCUUUCGUCGUCUUUUCGACGCUCCUAAUUACUCCGCGCUCGCCCGUGCCAUGGCCCUCGACUCUUGUUGAUACCCCGACUCUUCUUUCCUUAAACUUUCUGGACAUCCCACAAUUCCGCCCCGCCUUCACUUCCACCACGAACCAUAAUGUCUCUCUGAUUAUUAGCCUGAACCGCUUUUCCACCCGCCAAAAAUUUAUCCUCGUCCUUUCACAUCCCAGACGUCCUGGAUCACCACCACUUGAUCACUUCUCGCCAUGUUGGAUGAAAUACCCAUUCAAGAUCAGUAUGUCUUCACGUCGCUGCGCUACGAUGGAUCCAUGAAGCGCAAUGCCCAGAACCCCGUGUGUUGCCCGGACUCCAAGGCCGCAUAUCUCAUCAAGUACCACUACGAGCGCCUCGUCACUGCAGCCGAUCAUCUGGGUUGGUACGACACCAACAAGAGGCUCAAAGGCCCUGUCGAUCUGUUCACCCGAAUUCAGACCGCCGUAGCUGAGCACAAAAAGAAGACUGGCAACAAAUGUCCAUUCAAGGUUCGAGUAUGCUUGCGUCACAGCGGAAAGAUGGAGAUUGGUGUUGAGCCAAUCAUGGCCACGAAGCAACCACUUCUCUUCCCGACCACCCUGGACUUGGGCAAGUGCAGUGGAGAGGCAGCAUCACAACAUCCCAUUUUCAAGGCUGUGCUGGAUGUGUUACCUACUCGAACCACGACUUUCACUCGGGACAAGACUCACUACCGUACCAUGUACAACUAUGCCAGACAAUGUGCACAGAUCCAGUCAUACCAGGACGCAAAAGAAGUCAUCUUAUUCAAUCGCGACAACCAGGUCAUGGACGGAUCUAUCACGACUCCCUACUUCUAUCGCGACGGCAAAUGGAUGACUCCGCACAGAGAUUGCGGCGGCCAGCAAGGAACUACCCGUCGUUGGGCUAUCGACCAAGGCAUCUGCCAUGCUGGUAUCAUUGACAUUUCUACCAUCAAGCAUGAUGAGAUUAUCUGGCUCAGUAACGGCGUCAAAGGAUUCUUUACUGCUCGCUUCGUCGCCUGCAACGAUCGUCUUGCUCGCACACCCAGCUACGAAUCCCGCAUCUCCCACGUCUCCCGCAGCGACAGUGGUAUCGAUGAGAAGCACUCUCUUCGACCCCAUCAGGAUGAAGUCGCCGAGGACGACAUCGAACCAACGCGCCAAAAGUGGACCCCUGAACCAGGCGCCGAGGACUUCAGAAACACUGCUUUUACUCUCGAUGUCUUUGAGCGAGCUCUGAAGUUGUAAAUGGUCCUUUCUUUUCUCUCUUUUGAUUCUUUUACUUGAUAUCCCCUGGCUCUCACCGAUCAGCCUCUUUUUUCUUUACUACACCGUUGGAUUUGCUGGAGCGAAAAAUGG